UAAUAACAAGCCAGUUAAAGUUAGAAGACGUGUCCAAAGAACUUCAUAUAAGGUAUCAGAAAAACUUACUGUUAUUCAAGAAGCAAAGCAAAUUGGUGUUUUGGCUGCUUCACGUUACUUUGGUAUUGAUCAGUCUAUAGUGUCACAAUGGAAAAAUAGUGAAGAAAAAUUUAAUAAUGUUAUAUCUAGUAACUGA